AUGUAUGUUUUAGUUCUUAAGUAGUUUCUAAGGCUGUGUAACUAACUAAAAAAUAUGUACUAACACUUAUUGCUUUUGGUUAGAAGGUGUCCGAGGACUUUUGCCAGACAGUUUUUGUUUAUUUUCGCUACGUUUUUCCCCCCAACUUUGCGUUCAGUGAUGAUGAUGAUGAGGACUCUCUUUCGAGAGGUUUUGAUAAACAGAAAUUGGCAAGUGCACUUACUAAACGUAUAACGAGCGUCUUAAAAGCGCGUAAAAUCCGGGAGAGAAUGGAAUCGAAAUGAGGAGCAUCAGUUCUAAGUGCGUUUAGCCAGCAGACAAACUAAUAUUAAAUAUUAAAACGUUUUGUAAUCAAGUUUUCAAGGGGUAAGUGUGAUGAUAUAUAAAAUGAAAAACAAAGAGAGAAAGUAACAAAUAACAAGACACUAGAUGUUUAGCAAUGCAAAAAUGAUAAGUUAAACAACAAAACUGAAACUGAAACUGAAACAGAAACUGAAGCAGAAACAGAAGCAAAACAAAAGCAAAGCAAAAGCGAAUUAAUUAGUCCACAUUUAGUCUAAAGAAGAAAAAAAAAACUAAAGUAAAUCUACAAAACUAAAACGAAUUCAAUUGUACUAAGUAAAACUAACAUUGUAAUGUGGAAGCAAGCUAAAAACGUAAACGAAAUGAAAUGAAAUGAAACAUUAUAUAGCUAUAAAACAAAAAUAAAUCGAGUGAUUUCAUUGCCACAAGCAAAAGCGUUUCGGUUUGGUUAAAAUGGACUUGACUUUGAUAUUACAGUGAAGAAAGAGGCGCUAAUUUAUGCCAAAAAUGGGUCAAGAAGAGGCUCCAACAAAAACCGGUUGACCCGAAAAUAGCUUCAAGAGUUUGGAUGAUGUGCUCUAGAUGAUCACUUUGGAGGCCCACGAAAGGGAAAGGAGUGGAAUUGUUGAGAUCUUUAAAAUAUUUGCUGAAUGCGACAGACGACGACGACACAAGAGCGGAGACACACGUUGUUGUGAGUCAUUACAAAUGCCAAUCACAUCCGAAACUCGAAAACUUGUUUCAGCCAGGCUGAGAGAGUGCACUGAGGAUAAUUUAUGUGUUGUGGGAGACUCUUUUACUUGCUACCUUGUUUGAUGGAAGCAAAGUGGAGAAACAUCGAGCAGUCGUCGAUCAGCUGGCGGCGAUGAGCGACACUGCGAAAUGCAUUCGGUGUGCCCCCCUAGGCUCGUUUUGUAAGAGCUCCAAUCCACGCUCACUUACCUGCCGCCACUCAACAAAGCCUUUCUCCUCCGCCGGAGAAGCUCCAAAUGCCAACUUAGUUGCUUGCAAUGUAUCGCAACAUACUGUGCCUGGCUAUGGGCCUAAUCAUAGGCAUCCAGGUGACGGAUAUCUUCGAGUUCUUUCAGCUAACCGAAGCGGGCCUUGGUAGUACGGUGAUGACACGAAUCGCAGAGGAGGCCACGCCCCAGCUGCCAUCAGAGGAAGAGCUGGCCAGGCGGCUUUACAAUGAGACCCGAGUGCUGUGUAUGGUGCUAACGAUGCCAAAAAACCACAUAACAAAAGCGUCGAAGGUGAAACGCACAUGGGGCAGGCGCUGCAACAAACUGAUCUUUAUCAGUAGCCAGGAGGACAGGGAGCUGGGUGCCAUCGAUGUGGGCAUACCGGAGGAUCGAGAAAAUCUGUAUUUAAAAGUGCGAGCGGGCUUGAAAUAUGUGUAUCAGAACUUUGUAGAGGAUUACGAUUGGUUUCUCAAGGCGGAUGAUGAUACCUUUGUGAUAAUGGAGAACCUGCGUCUACUGCUUUAUCCCUAUGAUCCUGAGGCUGCUCUUUAUUUUGGCCAUCGAUUUCGUUCCACCUUUCCCCAAGGCUACAUGUCUGGAGGAGCUGGCUAUGUGAUGAGUCGGGAUGCUUUACGGCGGCUUAAUCUCUUUGCCUUUAAUAACACUCGUUUCUGUCCGCCUAAUCAGUCAUCGGAAGACAAGGGCAUUGGCUUCUGCCUGCAGAAUGUGGGCGUGGUGGCCGGUGAAUCGCGAGAUGAGAAAGGCCGGGAUCGAUUUUGGCCCUUGUCUCCCGAUUCCAUGUUGCCCACUUUUCCUAAUAACACCUGGCUGCAUAAACUUACCUUUUUUAAACCUGUUCAGGAGACUGGCUCGAGUUCGGGAAUUAGUUUUCAUUAUGUUAAGAGUCACGAGUUUGAUAGAUAUGAAUAUCUACUGUAUAAACUACGAGUCUUUGGUGUACCUGCGGCUCCUAGAUUGCUGCCACCUAGGCUGGAACCCAGGCAAUUGCAAGAUCAAUUGCAGGUCUGGUCAGAGGAAAAGAGUAAUAACCCAAAUCCUGUUCUAUGGGUAUCUUCGGCUCAGCCUGGAUGAGUUAUAGUGAAAAAGAGAUCAAUAUAAAAUUUUAAACCGCUGAUUAAGUUCAUUUUAAGUAAUCUAAAGUUAGGUCCUUUCUUCAAUCCAACGGCAGGUUUCCGUUUUUGUCAUUUAAAAUCAAGAAUUCGAAAAAGAAUAUGUAGUAUAAACCCAGUUACCUAUGACCUACAAGUCAAAAGCUUCCAACUGAAGUUUGUAAUAUUAGAAACGAAUUAAAUAUUAAAGCAAGAAA